UACACAAGGCUGUCUCUCCUCUGACUUUAUUUGCUGUAAGAGUCUGCUUGCAUGCACGGCUGCUUGUUGAUAAAUCCUGCUGAAAUAUGAUUCCUUCAGUUACACUCAACAGUGGAGCAAAGAUGCCUAUUGUAGGCCUGGGAACAUGGAGGGCAGACCCAGGAAAGGUCACAGAGGCUGUUAAGGUUGCAAUAAGUGCUGGCUACAAGCAUAUCGAUGGUGCUUAUGUGUACCAGAAUGAAGAAGAAGUUGGGGCUGGGAUUCGUGCAAUGAUUGACCAAGGAGUGGUAAAAAGGGAGGACCUAUUCAUUGUCAGCAAGUUAUGGUGCACCUUCCACAUCCCAUCUCUGGUGAGGGGAGCCUGUGAGAAGACACUCAGUGACCUAAAACUGGAUUACCUGGAUCUUUAUCUCAUGCAUUUCCCAAUGGGAACCAAGCCAGGGGAUGAGCUUUUUCCUUGUGAUGAGCACAAUCAAGUAAUUUCUGAUGGCAGCAACUUCUUGGACACUUGGGAGGCUAUGGAAAAGCUGGUGGAUGCUGGGUUGGUUAAGGCAAUCGGUGUCUCCAACUUCAACAAAGACCAGAUUGAAACCAUUCUUAACAAACCAGGCCUCAAGUACAAGCCUGCCAACAACCAGAUUGAGUGCCACCCGUACUUGACCCAGGAGAAGCUGAUCAACUAUUGCCACUCAAAGGGCAUCUCAGUAACAGCUUACAGUGCCCUGGGCUCCCCCGACAGACCCUGGGCUUCACAUGAUGAGCCCUCUCUGCUGGAGGAACCCAGGAUCAAGGCCAUUGCUAACAAGUACAAAAAGACUCCAGCGCAGGUUCUCAUGAGGUUCCACAUCCAGAGGAAUGUGAUUGUCAUUGCAAAGUCAGUGACGCCCCAUCGAAUCAAGGAAAACUUCCAGUUGUUUGAUUUUGAGUUGAGUGAAGAAGACAUGAAGACCAUCCUAAGUUUGAACAAGAAUUGGAGAGCAUUUGGACUAGAAUGGGCAUCAAAACACAAAGACUUCCCCCUGAAUACAGAAUACUAACUCAUCAGAUAACAUUCUACCUGACUAAGGUGCUUCUCAAGAGUCUGAAUAAUCACCAAACACCUGGGAUUGAUUGUCUUUGUCAGCAGCCUCAAUUUCCUUCCCUACAGAAGGGUAAUAAAAACUCACUGCUACAUUUCAUACUUAUCAGAUAAAGGUAGAUAUGCUCACCUCAAUCGCUGUUAUAGAAGGCUCAUAGGGUCAGUAGAGGACACAGCUGUUUCUCAUGAUUUCACUCAUUAUAUUAUUUUUUAACUAACUAGUAAGAAACUCAAAAGCUACAUUUAAUUUCCCUAGCUAGAAAUGACCAAUUUAGCAUUACAUAUCACAAUACAGUUAACUGCGCCUAUAUGCAUAUGUGUGUGUACCUAUGCACAGCAGCUCAUUCAUUCCCCCUGAGUCUCACAAUUAGCUUUUCUGACCCAUAGUUGUCAUUAAAAGGCACUGUCACCUG